GCGAUGGCGGCCGGGGAUGGCGGCGAUGAGGUGCGGGUGCUGCAGAACCUGCGGGGGAAGAUCUAUGACGCCAAACACUUAGUACCCAACAAAAUGAGAGACUUUUUCUGUACCAUAAACUUGGACCAAGAAGAAGUUUUUCGUACACAAGUAGUUGAAAAAUCUUUAAGCCCUUACUUUGGGGAAGAGUUUUACUUCGAGAUCCCGAGAACAUUCCAGUGGUUGUCCUUCUACAUUUACGAUAAAAGUGUUUUGCAGAAGGACCUGCGGAUAGGAAAGGUGUCAAUCAGAAAAGAAGAUUUAUGCAACUACACAGGAAAAGAGAACUGGUUUAUGCUCCAACCUGUUGAUUCCAAUUCAGAGGUCCAGGGAAAAGUUCACCUUGAAUUAAAACUGAAUGAACUGAUAACAGAUAAUGGAUCUGUGUGCCAGCAGCUAGUAGUACACAUAAAGGAGUGCCACGGGUUGCCUCUUAUAAACGGACAGAACUGUGACCCUUAUGCAACUGUCUCUCUCGUGGGGCCUUCCAGGAAUGACCAGAAGAAGACCAAAGUCAAGAAGAAAACAAGCAAUCCGCAGUUUAACGAAACCUUUUACUUUGAGGUGACCAGGUCUAGCAGUUACACCAAGAAGUCCCAGUUUCAGGUAGAAGAAGAAGAUAUUGAGAAGCUAGAAGUCAGGGUUGACCUGUGGAAUAAUGGCAAUCUGGUACAAGAUGUCUUCCUAGGAGAAAUCAAAGUUCCUGUGAAGGUGUUAAGAAAUGAUUCCUUUCAAGCAUGGUACUUACUUCAACCCAAAGAAAAUGGAAACAAGUCUUCUAAACCGGAUGAUUUGGGGUCACUCCGAUUAAAUAUCUGUUACACUGAAGACUGUGUGCUUCCAUCUGAAUACUACACUUCCUUAAGGAACUUGCUGCUAAAAUCUUCAGAUGUUCAGCCCAUUUCUGCAUCUGCUGCCUACAUCCUGAGCGAGGUGUGUCGGGACAAGUACGACGCCGUCCUGCCCCUCGUGCGACUCCUGCUGCACCACCACAAGCUGGUGCCCUUUGUUGCUGCAGUGGCAGAACUGGAUCUGAAGGACACCCAAGAAGCAAACACAAUCUUCAGAGGCAACUCAUUAGCAACUCGGUGUGUAGAUGAAAUGAUGAAAAUAGUGGGGAAGCACUACCUGAAGGUUACUUUGAAGCCUGUUAUUGAUGAGAUCUGUGAGUCUCCUAAGCCCUGUGAAAUAGAUCCCAUCAAACUAAAAGAAGGGGAUAAUGUAGAAAGUAACAUGGACAAUCUCCGCUAUUACGUGGACAAAGUGUUCCGGGAAAUCGUGCAGUCCAGCAUAAGCUGUCCCACCCUCAUGUGUGAUGUUUUUUACUCCUUGAGGCAUCUGGCUGCCAAAAGAUUUCCAAAUGACCCUCAUGUGCAGUACUCUGCAGUGAGCAGCUUUGUGUUUCUCCGUUUCUUUGCUGUAGCCGUAGUCUCACCUCAUACUUUUCAUUUACGACCUCACCAUCCCGAUGCACAGACUUCUAGAACAUUAACUCUCAUAUCCAAAGCCAUCCAGACUUUGGGCAGUUGGGGAAGUUUGACCAAAAGCAAACUUUCAAGUUUCAAGGAGACGUUUAUGUGCGAGUUUUUCAAAACAUUUCAAGAAGAAAAAUUUACUGAAUCUGUUAAAAAGUUCCUAGAUGAUGUUUCCUCUACUGAGAGUAAAGAGCCAAGUGGUCUGAGUGAGCCUGUGCACCUCAAAGAAGGAGAAAUGUACAAAAGAGCUCAGGGGAGGACUCGGAUUGGCAAAAAGAAUUUCAAGAAGCGGUGGUUCUGUUUAACAAGCAGAGAAUUCACAUACCACAAACAGCAAGAUAAAGAACCAAUUUUCACUAUCCCAAUCAAAAACAUCCUUGCAGUGGAGAAACUUGACGAGAGCUCCUUCAACAAGAAAAAUAUGUUCCAGGUGCUCCAUGGAGAAAAGCCGCUCUACAUCCAGGCCAAUAACUGUGUGGAAGCCAGCGAGUGGAUCGAGGCUCUGUGCCGGGUCACGAGGUGCAACCAGAAGAGGCUGAGCUUCUACCACCCGUCGGCGUUCCUGAACGGGAGCUGGCUGUGCUGCAAGGCCACCGUGGAGAGCAGCGUGGGCUGCGCUCGCUGCACCGCAGAUGUUCCUGCUGAUACACAAAUUGAGAUUGAUGGAGACAGAGAGACAGAAAGAAUUUACUCACUUUUCACUAUCAACAGGUCUAAACUACAGAAGCUGGAAGAGGCCUGUGGCAGCAUCGCGGUCUACCAAGGCCCACGGAAAGAGCCCGACGAUUAUUCCAACUUCACCAUCGAAGACUCCGUGGCAACUUUCCACACACUUCAGCAGAUAAUAGAUGUGGUGGAAAAGCUGAGUGAAUCCCAUGAAAAAUACCAAAAGAAGAGAUCCUCCAGCGCCAAAUAUGGUAGUGAAUUGGAUGUGUUUGAAGGGACUUUAAUUUGCCAGCUGUUAAAAUUGGGGGAGAAUACAGUAAGGCCAAGGAAUGUGUUUUUGCCAAGGUGAAGAUGAAUUGCCAUUACUCAAAAGCUGCCAUUAAACUAAGUUGAAUGUGGUUGAGGGUCAGUUAGGUUUUAUCAGAUAUGAAUUAACCCUGUGGCACAUUGUCUGUUCCUUGGAACCAUUUCUUGUUGUUUUCCAAGUCAAAUUUAUGAAAAAUGGAGUUGUACACUCUUGCAACUUUGUUGUUUUUUUUUUAAUAUGCACUUUUUUUUUCUUUGCUUUGGUACUGGAAUAUCGAAAUAAAAAAAAGGCCAUUGAAUACUUGUGAACAUUAAGAUUUGAUUUCUCAUAAUGAUUUAAAAUUCAGUAGAUGUUCUAGAAUUUAAUUAGGUACAAGUAGGAUGAUUAAUAAUAAAAGUUGCCUUUGUUUUGAUUAGUCUAGCAAGGUGAUGUUAUUCAGUAAUUAGCUCUGUUAGGAUUGUAAAAGUUUUAAUUUUUAUGAUGAUGAUGAUGAUGAUGUAUUGUUGAAUGUAUUUUUAUUUAAAUUUUAUUUUCGUAUCGAGACAUUAAAAUGUUUUGUAACAUUUCUUGAGAAUAACUCGGAAAUAAAUCACAACAAAGCUGA